GCCCAAGGAAACUUAGAUAGUAGUAUGAAGAGGAAGGAUGGAAAAUCUGAGGAGAGAAUAGGAGAGGAGAGGAGAGGAGAGGAGAGGAGAGGAGAGGAGAGGAGAGGAGAGGAGAGGAGAGGAGAGGAGAGCAGAGGAGAGGAGAGGAGAGGAGAGGAGAGGACCCUGAGCAGAGAACGUGGCAGGCCCCCUCCCCCAAGCCCUGCGGUCGGACGCCUAGCACGCGAGAAUGCAGAGCUGAAGCAGAAAGGAGGAGGAGGAGGAGGAGGAAGGGGAAGACGAGCAGAAGGAGGACAACGAAAAGCAGGACAAGGAGGAGGGAAAGGAGGAAGAGAACAACGAGGAGGAGGAGGAGGAGGGGAAGGAGGAGGAAGAGCAGCACGAGGAGGACUAGGAGGAAGAGGAGGAGGAGGAAGGGGAAGAGGAAGAGGAGGAGGGGGAAAGAGGAGGAGGAGGAAGAGGCAGAGAGGAGGCCGCGGCGGAGGAGGAGGAGGAAAAAGACGAAGAGGAAGAGGAAACAAGGAGGAGGAGGAGGAGGAGGAGGAAGAGCAGGACGAGAAGUAAGAGGAAGAGGGGGAGGGGUAAAAAAGGAUGGCGAGGAGGAGGGGGAGGAGGGAGGGAGGAGGACAAGGAGGAGGAGAAGGAGGAGGAGGAGGAGGAGGAGGGAGGAGGACAAGGAGGAAGAGGAGGAGGAGGAAGAGGAGGAGGACGAAGGAUGAGGACAAAGAGGAUUAACAGGGGGAGGAAGAGGAGGAUAGAUAGUCGAAGGAGUCGAGCUCAAUGAGGCUGGAAGAUGAAGUUAUCCCAGAAAGAAGGAUUGAACACGUGGCAGAUUUAGGGUGCAUGCAAGACAAAAAAAAAAAAAAAAAAAAAAAAAGGGAAGAAGAAGACACGCACAUGCACAGCGAGAGGGAACGCGAACGAACGGCAGUGCUAAGUAAGGCGUAAGGGUCCUUAGGGGGGGAUAUGGACAUCCGUUUCAGAUUCGACCAAUUAUUACAGUAUUUUAUUUAUUUCUUCGGAAUAACCGUCAAACAAAAAACAAAACAAAAUAAAAAAUCCGUU